UGGACUGAGGAGUUCGCGCGGGCGGUGCAGAGCGGCUCGGCGAUCUAUCGGCUGUUGGAUUCCUGCCGAGUGUUCAUGCGGGACCGACGCGGCAUCGACCAGUUGCUAUCUGCAGAGGCACUGGAUAGUUUCCUUGUGUUAGGUGAAGACCCGAGUUGGAGCCCACGCGUGCGCGAAGAAGCGCUCAAGUGCAUGAUUAACUCCGUCUACUCGCGGCCCGAGUUCGUGUCCGAGACGCUUAUUGCAAAGGGGAUUGUGACUCGACUUGGGGGACUGCUGUUGGAGAUUCUCCGUUUCAAGCACCCGGAGAUAUCCCCGUUGAAUGCCAACCUUGUCGAGCUCAAGAACAAGGCCAUGGAGGUGUUCAUGUUUCUGCCGGGGAGUCUCCUUGCCGCGUUCAUUCAGCAGCAACACGGCGCGAAUAAAGAGACCGGUGUAAGCGAUGGAUCUAUGCUAUCCCCAGUGAUUGAUCAUCUACACGCAAUGCUGUUGGUUGUUCGCAUCGAGAAAACUCGGCCGCUCAAAGAGAUGCUGCCGACGCUGAUUGUAUGCCAC